UUGGACGCCUUGUUUAUUCUCACUCCGACAGUGCCAGGGUGAAGUUAUAGUCGAGCGAUUUUUUUCGUAGUCACCGUUGUUUCAUCGUUAGUGUUAUUGACCACCGAAGUUAAAUUACAUAAUGGCCGAUACCGAGUCAGUACCAGUAGCUUCUGCCCCACCAGCUAGUUCGCCAGCAAAAAAGGAGAAAAAAGCUAAAGCUAAGCCAACUCAUCCACCAACUUCCGAGAUGGUAAACAAUGCCAUCAAAGGCCUUAAAGAAAGAGGAGGAUCGUCCCUACAAGCAAUCAAAAAAUAUAUCGCCGCCAAUUACAAGGUAGAUGCUGAAAAAGUGGCACCGUUUAUAAAGAAGUAUCUAAAGUCUGCUGUAGUGUCUGGUGCUUUAGUGCAAACUAAAGGAAAAGGUGCCUCCGGCUCUUUCAAGCUUCCUACCUCCGGUACUCCAGCCGCAAAACAAGGAGCCGCUGGUGAAAAGAAAAAGGCAGCAUCUAGGAAGAAGAGUCCUGCGAAAAAAGCCACCGGUGAAGCGGCAUCUGCUGCUAAACCAAAGGCGAAAAAGGCAGCAUCUCCCAAGGUAGCCGCUAAGAAACCUGCCGGCGAUAAGAAGGGUAAAAAGACCACCAGCGGAGAGAAGAAAGUGACGAAGACUGCUGCCGCCGCUACUUCUGCCGCUGUAGCUGCAGUCAAGCCAAAGUCACCGUCGAAAGCUAAGAAAUCAAAUAAGGCCGGUCCAACUAAGAAGCCCAAGGCUCCUAAGCCAAAAACGGCAAAGGCUCCAGCUGCCAAGGCAAAAAAAGCCGCUUCUCCCAAAAAGAAGAAGUAAAUUGAACCAUUGUUAUGACUUCUUGCACUCAGUGCAUUAACGAAAUCGGUUCUUUUCAGAACCACAAAUUUUUUUAAAAAGAAAAUUCGUAUUGCAUUUUUAUUAUACAAACUAAAUUUAA